CAAAAUGGCGGCGCUCGGGCGUGAGGCUGGCACUGACCCGAUAGAUGCAGGUGUGCCAUCACUGGGAGCUGGGGAAACGCCCAAACAUCAGAAGCACUUGGUACUAUAGGCCUCACUUUACCUCUGUUGAAUCCUGACACUUCUGAAGGGAGUUCAAGAGACUGCAUUUCAGAUACUCCAUGCAAUUCUUCUGCACACUUAAGGACAUCAAGAUGGCAGCAUCUGUUCAUGGUCAGCCUGGUCCUUCUCUAGGAGAUACAAAAUUCAGGAGACCAAUGGUCAUUGAAAUCAUGGGAAAAAAAUUUGAAUGUCUUAGGAAAGAAAUGACAUUGAAUGGAAUGGGAACAGUGCUCUUUGGAACAACAGCUGGAUUCUCUGGAAUAUUGGCAAACUUCAUUUUUAGACACUGCUUUAAAGUUAAACAUGGUGCUUUGAAAACAUAUGCAUCAUUGAUUACACUUCCAUUUUUGUCUACGAUAGUUGCUUACAAGCUCUUUGUAACUGAUGCUUUAUAUUCAGAUAAUAUAAGCAAAGAAAAUUGUGUUCUUAGAAGUUCACUGAUUGCCAUAGUAUGUGGUGUUUUAUAUCCCAGUGGUUUGGCUUUUUCUAAAAAUGGACGUCUGGCAGUCAAGUAUCAUACUGUCCCACUGCCACAGAAAGGAAGGGUUUUACUCCAUUGGAUGCUACUCUGUCAGACAGAGAUAAAAGCAAUGGCAGUUCCUCUCGUCUUUCAGACAGCAUUUGGAGUAUUGAAUGGACUACACGAUCAUGCAGUGUUUGAAAAGUCACUUGGGAAAACUGUGAAUAAAGAUUAACCAAAGAAUAAAUGGAUGCUAACUCAGCGGAAAGGAUUUUUAUGAGGAUUUGAGCAUUCCUGAAAGAGUUAAAACUAACACUGGACAGAUGAUUUGUUUCUGUCCUUUCUGCCUGGCAUAUAAUAAAUGCUCAAUAAAUAUUCAACAAUUAAAUCAAUAAAUGUAAGUUUCAUCUUACAUGUAAGAUGUAAGUUUUAUCCUUUUUUUUUUUCAAAAUAUGUCCAUUUUGUCUGGUACGUAGUAUAUAACAAAUAUUCAGUAAACAUUUAGUAAUUAAAUAAACAUAAAUGUAACAAUAAUGAAGGUUUCA